AACAAACACACACACACACACACACACACACACACACACACACACACACACACACACACACACACACACACACACACACACACACAGUUUGCCGUAUCAUCUGUGUAUCUGUUCCUUUUCCUUGAUUACGGAUCUUUUUUUAUACCUGUCUUCGUGUUAAUGACACCAAGAUGAUUAUAAAGGAAAGAGUCUGGUUUUAGUUAUAUAGCAUUAUAAGUAUUCUUUUAUUCUUCAUCCUGCACUAGUGUUUGUCCAAUGAAAUGCUCUCAGAAAGGUCGGGGAAGUGGGAGGAGUUUGUGUGAGUUGGUGGUCAUGUGACUUUUUGAAGGAUCGCUUCACCAUUUUGGAAUUAUAGCGUGCUGCUUCUUCAGACUGAUUCACGUCAUGUCAGAUGCCUCUGACCCACAUCUUCAGUCAUUCAUCACACAGAAAGGAUGCGUGGAGUGACGAUGAGGGCCGGGUCACGCUGGACACUCAGCAGGAUUACGAACUGCUGGAUGCACAGAACACUCCGGAAGGCUUUUCUCUGCUCUUCAGGAGACCCUUCAGUACCUGCGAUCCCCAUGACUACGUUAUAGAGGAAGGAACUGUCCACCUGAUCUACAGCAUACUUGACCGGCCAAUCCACACUCUUCAUGAUCUGAACGUGUCCCGCCUUCAACCCGGUGUUCAGCGAGUCCUUCUGCUGCGUCCUGACACGCCCAGCCCCUCUCUCCCCCCGGACGUGCGCAUGCUGGAGGUUCUGGCCCCCAAUGUUGUUGUUCCUGAUCAGGAGACCACCUACUGGUGCUACAUGUACCAACUACCCCCCAACAUGCCCAAGAACCACAUCGUCAUGUACGAGGCGGUGGUGAGUUCGGGGAACGAGGCCAUGGUGCAUCAUAUGGAGGUGUUUGAAUGUUCACCUCACAUGGACUCUGUCCCUCAGUACAGCGGCUCCUGUGACUCCAAGAUGAAGCCACCAAAGCUGAACUCCUGUAGACACGUCCUGGCAGCAUGGGCCCUCGGAGCUGAGCCAUUCUAUUACCCCUCAGAUGCUGGCCUUCCUAUGGGUGGAGAAAGUUCCUCCAGGUUCCUUCGUUUGGAGGUGCACUAUCACAACCCACUCCGCAUCUCCGGACGUCGUGACUCCUCCGGUAUCCGUCUGUGGUACACUCCGUCUCUGAGACGCUUUGACGCCGGGAUCAUGGAGCUCGGUUUAGUCUACACACCUGUCAUGGCCGUCCCUCCUCACCAGCACACCUUCCAGCUCACAGGCUACUGCACCGCCGACUGCACACACACGGCGCUGCCUCCUGGAGGGAUCCAUAUUUUUGCAUCACAGCUGCACACACACCUGGCGGGUCGAGGCGUCCGCACCGUGCUGGUGAGGGGAGGCAGAGAGGUGGAGGUGGUGCAGGAGGACAAACACUUCAGUGCACACUAUCAGAUCAUUCGCAUCCUCAGAAAGAUGGUGACUGUUCUGCCAGGUGAUGUGCUUCUGACGAAAUGCACUUAUAACACAGAAGACCGAGUCAAAGCCACAGUGGGUGGAUUUGGGAUCAUGGAGGAGAUGUGUGUGAAUUACGUGCACUAUUACCCCCGUACACAGCUGGAGCUCUGUAAGAGUCAUGUAGACCCAGAUUACCUGCAGAAGUACUUCAGCCUCAUCAACAGAUUUCAUGGUGGCGAGGGCUGCAGCUGCUCUCAGACCUCAGUGGAGGACCAGUUCUCCUCCGUGACCUGGGACUCCUUCAGUGCCGAGGUGCUCGACUCCCUGUACACCACUUCACCCAUCUCCAUGCACUGUAACCAGUCCACCGCCCAGCUCUUCCCUGGCCAGUGGGAGAAACAGAAGAUUCCCGAGGUGUCAGCGGAGCUCCAGCCACAUGCACAAACGUGCGACCCGAGCCGAGCGACGGCUCCGAGUAACGGUCCUACCGAGGUUCAGCCCCGACGCAGCGGAUAACACGCCUCCGUGUUCCAACGCCGCCGCUCAACACCUCCAGCUAUGUUCUGUAAUUAUAGACACGAUAAUAAACACUCGACCGAAUUCGAACGAAACACCGACUCAUUUGGCUGCGUUCACAUCAGCAGCUUAAUCUAAUGACCAGAAGUAAAUUUUAUACAGAGCUCCUGAGAUGGAACCCAAAGUGGGCGUGGCCAGAGCUAAGGGAUGCAAAUGAGAAGUGAAGUCAUGUGUUUACCAGUCAUUUUGCUUCUGGUCAGAUAUUUUACUUUACUUCAGCGACACGAGUGUACAGGUUUAGUCAAAACUUUUGUUUCUGCUUGUUUUUGUGUAGCAAUUAAUGCAUGACUGCUCGGCCAAUCAGGAACGAGUAUACUCGUGGUGUAACAACUGAAUUAAAAUAAAAAGAUGGUCUGUAAUAGUCGUGGAGUUUCUGCCGGCGUAAACGCAGCGUUAUACGGGGAUGAGGAGGAACUAAAGGAAAAAAACAUGAUGGUAAUAAAUACACAAAACUGUUGGUUAAAAUAAAACUCUUCUUAGUUUUAUUAUUUAUAUAUUUAUAUAUAUAUAUAUAUAUAUAUAUAUAUAUGUGUGUAUACAUACUUAUAAAACAUUGCAGACAAUUUGGUUUCCUCUAAAUACUUUUUCUGUUGAUAAUCUGUUAGUUUUAUUGUAAAUGAUUAGCUUUAAGACAAGUAAUAGUGUUAAAGCACCAUCUAUAUAACACAUUCAGAAC